AUGAGGCAGAUAAUUGACACCAACAACAAUCAUAUCAAGAUGAUUACAACUGCUGCUCUCCUUCACUUCUUCUUCUCCAUUUCUCUGUUAAUUUCUUCCAUUUCUGCUCUCAACUCAGAUGGAACCUUCCUCCUCUCCUUCAAACACUCUCUUCUCUCUCAACCACCUUCACUUCUCCAAAACUGGAACCAUGGAGAUGCCACCCCAUGUGCAUGGACCGGCGUCACCUGUGCACCCCAAAACGGCUCAGUUAUCAGUUUGCUCCUCCCACACUCUCACCUUCGUGGUUCUAUCCCUAACGAAUUGGGUCUUCUUCACCACCUUCGUUCUCUUGAUCUCUCCAAUAAUUUCAUCAAUGGCAGGCUUCCCACUUCGCUUUUCAACUGUUCAGAGCUCCAAACGCUUUCUUUGUCUUCAAAUCUCAUCUCUGGCGACCUCCCGGACUUGAUUAGUGGGUUGCACAGUCUUCGGUUUCUUAAUCUCUCCGAUAAUGAAUUCUCCGGGAAGUUACCGGAGAGUUUGGGUAAAUUGAAGAGCUUGACUGGUGUUUCCUUGAAGAAUAAUGGUUUCUCCGGUGGUGUUCCAGGCGGGUUUGAUUCUGUUGAGGUUUUGGAUUUGUCUUCCAAUCUGUUCAAUGGGGCUCUGCCUCUUGAUUUUGGAGGAGGGAGGUUGAAAUACUUGAAUCUUUCAAAUAACAGGMUUUCUGGUUCAGUAUUUGCCCAAUUUGCAGAGAAAAUUCCGGCCAACGCCGCCGUAGAUCUCUCCUUCAACAAUUUCACCGGCCAAAUCCCACAAACGCUGUCCUUAUCCAAUCAGAAAACAGGGUACUUUGCGGGAAAUCUGGAUCUGUGUGGGAAACCACUGAAGAAAAUGUGCAUAGUCCCUUCAUCACUGUCAACCCAGCCUAAUGUUUCUUCAGAAAGUUCCCCUACCGCAGCGAUUGCAGGUAUUCCAAAACCUACCGGAAAGUCAAAUAAUCAUGGUGGCCGGAAAGUCAAGUCAAGGAAAAUAGCAGCCAUUGUGAUCGGAGAUGUAGCUGCCAUGGUGCUUCUCGCCGUUCUUUUCAUCUACGCUUGCCAAUUUCGGAAGAAGAAAAGGAAUCAAAACCCGACAGCUAAACCCAAAGAACUCGACGAAUCCAGAGACCUCUUUACAACUUGCUCCUGCUUGAACGGCGUUACCGGAGAAGAAACAUCUGAAAAUGAAUCUGAAUCCGACGGUGAUCAUGACGACAGUAAUCCCAUGGACGGAAAGAAUGACGAAGAGGAAAAGAACUGUUUGGUUAUGGUGGAUGGGGAGACGGAGCUGGAAAUGGAGACGUUAUUGAAGGCGUCGGCGUAUAUACUAGGUUCAAGCGGGGAAAGCAUAGUGUAUAAGGCGGUGGUGGGAGGUGGUGGUGGUGGCGGCGGAGGGGUAUCGUUUGCAGUUCGGAGGAUCGGAGAAAGUGGAGUGAAGAAGAUGAGGGAAUUUGAGAAGAUAGUGAGGGUUAUGGAUAAGUUUCGGCAUCCGAAUUUGGUGAGAGUUCGUGGGUUUUAUUGGGGUGAAGAAGAGAAGCUUGUGAUCCACGAUUAUUUCUCCAAUGGCAGCUUGGCCGGCACUGCUUACAAAAAGGAUGGCUUGUUUUCUUGCCACUUACCUUUCGAGGUUCGACUCAAGAUAGCAAAAGGGAUUGCCAAGGGACUAUUUUAUAUUCACGAGAAGAAACAUGUCCACGGUAAUAUAAAGCCAAGCAACGUCUUAUUGACAUCAGAAAUGGAUCCCAUCAUCAGUGAUUUCGGACUAGAAUGGCUCAUAUCAGGUAAAAGUAAUUCUGUAACAUACAAAUCAACUGGAGACCUUGGAAGAAAAAGAUCGGCUUCAUCACGUAGAUUCAUCAACACUUUUGUGAUUCCUCCUACUAGACUACAUGGAUGCAUGUCGCCUUAUCAAGCACCAGAGUCAAUGAAGACCUUGAAACCAAACUCUAAGUGGGAUGUUUACUCAUUUGGGAUAAUUCUGCUCGAGCUUUUAUUAGGAAAAACGUUCUCCGAUAACGAGUUAGGUCAGUGGAACUCGAAGUCAUCAAUCAUUGACAACGAGAGCAAUAUCUUGAAGAUAAUUGACGAGUUUAUUACCAUUAACGCUCACGACAAAAAAGAGUCCAUCAUCACAUGCUUUAAGCUGGGAUUUAAGUGUGCGUCACUGGCUCCACAAAAAAGACCUUCAAUGAAAGAGGCACUACAAGUGCUUGAAAAAAUUCCAUGCUCGUCAUGAGGUCAAAGAUCAACGUUUUCUAUUUCCCAAUCUUAAUUUCUUGUCAUAGGUUUAGGAUGAUCAACUUACGUAACAGUUGACCUUAAUAUGGUAGGUUUGACCUAUUAAUUAGCUAAAUGUAACACCUG